UGACGCCACAGGCAGGCCCCGCCCCCCAGCUGCCCAGGUCUCCUGUUAUCUCUGCGGCUAGCAAGCGCCCCGGAAGCUGCCCCAUCUCGGGGUCAUGAUGGGCAGCAAGAUGGCGUCUGCCAGCAGGGUCGUUCAGGUAGUCAAGCCACAUACUCCAUUAAUAAGGUUCCCUGACAGAAGAGACAAUCCUAAACCCAAUGUAUCAGAAGUUUUGAGAUCAGCAGGACUACCAUCUCACUCUUCUUCAAUUUCACAGCAUUCUAAGGGAAGUAAAUCACCAGAUUUGCUGAUGCAUCAGGGUCCUCCAGACACUGCAGAAAUAAUAAAAACAUUACCUCAGAAAUACAGAAGGAAGCUUGUGUCUCAAGAAGAAAUGGAAUUUAUCCAACGUGGAGGUCCGGAAUAAUCACUGACAGUGUGGCUGCUGUUUGCCAUCAAAGGAACAGUCUUUACAAUAAAGGACUUCCAAAGUGGCACAUGAGAAGCUACAUUAAACAACUUGAAUAAAUAUUCUGUUAAAAAAAAUGAAAUAGAAAAUUUAGAUGGACACUUGUAUCUCCUAAUAUAUGUAUGUUGGUCAGCUUCUCCACAAGCUUACCUAAUUGUUUAUAUACUUAUUAAAGUAUACAUUUUUAAAUGUAGCCUAUUAAUUUACUCUUGAUUAUCAAGUAUUAUCAGUGUUGAGCUAUUAAAAGCACACAAUAUCUAGUAAACUGUCAUAGGUUUCCCAUAAUUUCACUUUUGUUUCAGUUUCCUUCCUUCCUUCCUUCCUUCCUCCCUCCCUCCCUCCCUCCCUCCCUCCCUCCCCUCCCCUCCCCUCCCCAGCACAUCCGUAACUGGGGGAGUGGCAGAGGGAGAGAAUCUUCAGCAGGCUCCAAGCUCAGUGUGGAGCCUAAUGUGGGGCUCAGUCUCAUGACCAUGAAAUCGUGACCUGAGCCGAAAUCAAGAGUCAGAAGUUUAACCUACUGAGCCACCCAGGCGCCCCUCAGUUUCUUUUUAAGACAUGGAAAGAUUUAUCAGAUAGAAUUGCUGCUUUUGGGAAGUGAUUUUCCUGAAGUUGGAUGAGGAUCAGUGAAAGAAUGACUCCAUUAUUUGUUCUUAAUUUUCUUUAUAUUUUUCCAUUCACAAAAUUACUGGAGUAUAACUAGUUUAAAAACCAUACCCUACACUAAAUAAUAAAAAUACAGCCAAGGUAAAACAGGUGACUUUGUGGUAGUAAAACUGGGAGUUAAUACAAAAGAUUAUUUGUAACCUACAUUCAGAAGAAAAUGAAUAUAACAUAGAAACAUAUAACAUUGAGUAGAAACUGCAACUUACUAUGUUAUUAGGGGUGUUAAGAAAGUCUUAUUCUUUGAUUUAUUUUACUGUUUUGAUUGUCAUCAUGUGUGCAAAUUCUGAUAACCACUAACUUUCUCAAACUUAAUGUCUGAAAGCCUCUUAAAAUCGACCUAGAUAUUUACCUUAUUAAGGCAAUUUAUGAAACUUUAAUAAGGUCUUACAAUGCCAAGGGUAUGUAUUAUUGUGAAACUAAAGCCUCACAAAGCUAAAUAAAUUUUCUUCCAUACCUUGAA